UAGAAAAUAUACAUUUUUAACCCUUACUGAAAUCUAGGAACACCAUAGAAAGAAAAAUUAAUGUAAAAAUAUUGAUUGGGAAUCAGAUCAGAUAAUAAGUUAGAAGACAGCUUGGCUUUGUCUUCAAAUCAACCUUGGAUGUUAAGGUUUACGGACAUAUCUCAGAUAUUAAGCAUGUUUACUCCAAACACUUUCACCACUUGUGCUGUGAUUCUGGUUCUGUGCGCAUGUGCAGUAAAAUGCAAUGGCGAAGAUUGUGAGAAGUUGAUCCGUGAUGCAUUGACAACCUUCUAUAAAGGGGGAGUGGGCAUGGGAGAUAAAUGUGAACACCUGAAAAUGACACUUGGACACGAUAGCAAAUGCCUCGAGAAAGUUUGUAGUGAUACAAAUUCUGCAACAAGGAGAAGAAGCAGUUCUUUGCAUGACGAGAGCAAAGGAACUAUGGCAAAUGGCGGAAGAGAACUGAAACCAGGUCGAUCUAUUAAAAAAGUAAGGCUGCAUGAACGGCAGAAAAGAAGUUUAGAAAAUGAGUGCGUGUACACUAUUAACUGGCCGAUUAAUGACAUAUAUCGCACCCUAGAUGGUAGUUGCAACAAUCUCUACAACUGGGAAUGGGGAAUGGCCGACCGGAUACAAUCAGGAUAUCUGUACGCUGAAUACGACAACGAUGGAGCACCAAGAACAACUGGUACAAAUGGUGGCACUUUACCAAAUGCGCGAAAAAUCAGUCAGAUUAUGCACGAGGCCGCAGCGACACCGGAAGUGGAUGCAGCGAGAUCCCUUUUCUGCAUGCAGUUUGGGCAAUUUGCCGCACAUGACAUGGUUCUUACAGAACAUGCUACAAAACCGGACGGCUCGUCAUUGAAAUGUUGUGGUGAGGAUGCGGGAAAUGCAGAAUGUUUCACAAUUAUCGUACCAGCAGACGACAAUCAUUUCAAGACUGGCGAGUGUUUUGAUUUCGCAAGGUCGAAAGCGAGGCUGGGCUGUAACGGUGUUAGAGAACAAGUCAAUUCGCAGUCAGCAUAUUUUGACCUUUCCAUGGUGUAUGGUGUAACAAAAGAAGAGUCGGACAGCUUGCGAACAUUGACUGACGGAUUAAUGAAAACAGUUCUGGGCAAGUUGCCGAAGGACGAAGACGACAAAUUGUGUAAACUUUCAAUGCCCUCUGAUGCUGAAAACUAUUACUGCACAAUAGCAGGUGAUGCCCGCGUAAACGAACAACCUGGUUUAACUUCCUUGCACACGAUCUGGACUAGGGAACACAACCGCAUAGCAAAAAUUCUGAAAGUGAAACAUCCAUCGUGGACCGAUGAAGAACUAUUCCAAGAGUCGAGGAAGAUUAAUAUUGCCCAGUGGCAGCAUGUUGUUUACAAUGAGUAUUUACCCGUGACCGUUGGACUGACAGCUCUGCAGAACUACGGAAUCGAUGUUGCGCCCGCUGGUUAUUUCAAAGAUACAUAUGAUUAUACUGUGGAUGCGACAAUCAGAAAUGAGUUUGCCGCAGCAAUUUUCCGAUUUGGACAUAGCCUGAUCUCGGAUUUUAUCGCCUUGGCUCAGGUGGAUGACGAGGCAAUCAUUCAACAAGAAAAACUGGAACAGAAUUUCGACGAACCUCUUUUGUACCACAGCAAUUCACACAAAGGAACUGAUAACAUAUUAAAAUGGACAUCAGACACUCCAUGCUUACAAGCUGAUAGAAAACUUCAACCUUCCGUUCAGAAAAUGCUCUUUUUUGACGCCGCCAUCAAUAAAUCUAGGGACUUAGCAGCUCUGAAUAUACAAAGGGCACGUGACCAUGGUAUACCUUCUUACAAUGAAUUUCGCUUCUAUUGCGGGUUUCAAACAGCGUCCCAUUUCGGAACUGGAUCUGGCGGGUUUGUGGACCAUGAGGCAUCAGUUGCAGCUUUAUUAGCUCAAGCGUACACCCACCCGGACGAUGUUGACCUCUUCACUGGACAAAUGAGUGAGAUACGUCUUAGUGGUAGUCAGUUGGGACCAACUGGUCAGUGUCUGUUCAUGGAACAAUUCAAACGACUCCGUGACGGUGACAGGUUCUUUUAUGAACGAUACACCAGCAACCCAUCACUUACUUUCACACUCAAUCAGCUCAGUGAGAUAAAGCAAGUUCGAAUGUCGACAUUGUUUUGUUUGAAUACGGCAUACAAGCCCGGGAAAAGAGUGCAAGAGAAUAUGUUCCUUCUACAAGGGACAGGGAACGAUUAUGUUGAUUGCAGCACCGUACAGGGAAUAGAUCUGAUGCAAUACUGGUAGCAAUAUAUGACUGAAUAGGAACCCUUUCGAGAACAACAAAAAAUUUAAUUUAUCACAGAAAUAUCUAAAAUAAAAGAGUACACAUUUAUGUUUAAAAUAGCUUUAAAAUAAAUCGUCAGCAAUA